AUGGCUUCAUCGCAACCCCCCAGCUCAGCUCGCGCUGUAGCAGCCAAAACAUCCAAUUCAACCUCCCUCGAGACACAGCCCAACUUCACCGACCCAUCCUUCGACCCUGCCGACUUCCUCAACGAUACCCUCCCACCACUGACGCUGGCGUCAUCGCAGCCCAACGCCUCUCGAAGCCCCGGCUCCAUCCCCCUCUCCGAACUCUCGACACAAGUCCAAUCGCUCCUCUCUCAGGUCAACGCUCAGAAUGUCCGAUUAUCCAACAAUCUUACCCAGCUCACCGAUGAAAUCCUACGAAGUGGCGGGCGGCUGGCGUAUGAGGUUGAGGUGCUGCGCGGGGAAACGGUCGGGCUGUCGGAUACGUUGACAGAGGUGUUGCGUGAUGAUAUUACAAAGUUUGGGGAUGGGGAUGUCAUUCCGAGCUCAUUGGAUGCAGACGUUGCUGUUGAUGCUGCUGCUGCCGCCCCUACGAUUAAAGAUCCUGAGUACAUUACGAAGUUACGCACGUUGAAUCAGGUGCGGGCGCGUUUGGAGGAAGUCGUGCAGACUUUUGGGGAGGCGAUGGAAUGGCCUCUUCCGCCAUCUGAGACUUCCUUGACGUCGUCGUUUAUCUCGGUUUCGGGCCCGGAGGCCGGCCCGGAUAGUCACAGUCGCGAGGAGAAGGGACAGGAGAUUAUGAAGAAGCUGCGAGCAGAGGUGGCGGCGCUUCUGGAUAGUAAUGGCGGUGGGCUGGAGGGAGUGGAAGCAGCUGCCCGUCGAGUGGAGGCUGUACGAGUGUUGGCGACGGUGUGGAAGGGAUCCGCGGAGGAGAAAGCACGGAAUAGGUUCGUGGAUAGUCUGGGGAAGAUGGUUGAAGACCGUCGCAGAACGCUGGAAAACCAGGCGGACCAACAAUCUCAGCAACGGUCGUCGUCGUCGAGCAGAAGACCGGCUCACCAGCGUCAAGAAAGUGAGGGGCCUGGAGGUGGUCUGUUUCGCAAUCUACAGCGCUUACGGGAGGAAAUCUACCUGGAGUGA